AUGAUCUAUAAUGCUCAAAUGAUCCAGCUAUAUAAAGAAUUACCGAGCUUUGCAAACAAUGAAAACAAAGAACUCAAUCGAAACUUACAAAAUGAGUUCAAUGAAUUCAAAAAUUUAAUAAAUGAAUGCGAAGAUCUCCAAAAUAGAGUAAAAGCCAUUAAACAACAACACAUUGAUACUGAAAAAUGGCUAACAGAUAAAAGAAAUGAACUAAAUUUACUCGAAAGCCAAAUUGACGAAGAAUUACAUAAAAUUUCUAUGAUAAAAGGCGAAAAAGAGAGUAUUAAGAUCGACAUUGAUAAAUUUAAAGAUAAGAUAGCAUCAGUAAAUUGGAAAACACGUGAAAUACAGUCAAAAAUUCACAUAGCAGAAGAUAGAAUUCUCUUUUUUGAAGGAAAAGCACAAGAGAAUUCAGAGUCACUUAAUUAUUUUCAAAAAAUUGUAGCAGAGAACGAAGAAUUAUUAACUGUUUUGCAGAAAAAUCAUAAAGAAGAUGCAAUUAUUGUAAAAAAUAUGAUUUCGCAGAUAGAAAAGCAAGAAAACAUGCUUAAUGUUAUGAAGAAGAGACUAGAUGACGAAGUUUCUACGACAAAAACCUUACAAACAGAGCUAAAUACAUUUUCAACGCAAUAUCAGAAGAUUUAUGACGAAAACCAACAAAUUUUACAGCUGAUGAAUACACCAAUAUCAACACUGAUGUCAAUUAACAAAGAGAUACAGGAGAAAUCCCAAUUUUGCAAAGAAAAACAAGAAAAAUACCAAAAAAUUUUUGAUGAAAAUCAGAUUGAGAAACAAAAUUUGGAUCAAAUUCUGAAAGAAAACAAAGAUUUUGACUUGAAAAUUAAAGAUCUUUACAAUAAAGUGAAUAUCGCGACAAAUGAACUUGAUUUAGAGGAAAAUGGACAUCAGGAGAACCUGCAGAACAUACAGACAUUAAGUCAUAACUUAAUUAAGCUUCAAAAUGAUGAAAAGUUUUAUAAAAAUCAAAAUGAAAAAAUUGAAUCAGAAAUUCAAGUAGAAAUGAAUAAAAAGGCAUACUACCAAAAGAGAUUAGAUGAUAUAAAUGCAGUUUAUGAGUCGAGAACUGAUUAUACAACUUAUUUACAAGAAAUAAAAACAAAAUUUCAAAAUGAGUUGGAAGAAACACAAAAUGAACUUAAUAAGCGUGAUAAACUUAUCACGUAUUACAAGAAUAAGAAGCAGAAACUGAUUGAUGAAAACAUAAAAAUCCAAAAUCAAAUUAUUGAAAUAAAUAAUGAUAAAAAAACAAGAAAACAUGUUUCAGACGCACUAACGCACAAAAUGAUUGAACUAGACGAUGUUGUUAACGCUCAAGAAGAAGAAAUGAAUAAAAUUAACAAAAUUCAACGGAAAAUUGAAGAAAAAAUCGAACAAUACAAAAACAUUCCGAAGCCACCAAGUAAAUUAACUCAAUUACAGUCAGAAAUAAUUGAAUUGAGAAAAGUUCGGAAAAAUUCUAAAGAAAAAGUGAUUUCUUCGAAAGAAAGAGUUUCAUCUAUUGAUGUAGAGAUAAAGAAACGAAUAGAUCUCAAAGGAAACUUAGAAAAAGAGAAAGAAAAUUUAGAAAAUCAAAUAUCAGUUUUAAAUCUCGAAAUUGAAGCAUAUAAUAGGAGAAAUUUUGAUUCGAUCAAAGAAGUACGUGAUAAAACAGUCGAAGUCAACCUUUUGAGGCUAAAAAUUUCAAAUUAUUCCGAACCAAUUUUAGAAUCAUCAAAAAUCAUUGAAACAGAAGAAGACAAAUACAAGCAAUUGAUAGAAUCAGCUAAAACAAGACUAAGGGAACUUGAUGAACAACAUUUAUCAAUAAUUUCCAGAUUAAAUUCCGAAGAAAAGGAAAAACACGAAAUUUCGAUGAAAUUAUCAGAAACCAAACACCAGAUUGAACUCCAGAAGCUUAGAUAUGAUGAAGAAACAAAGCCAGUUGCUAAAAAUGAAGAAAAAAGUUUUAAUAUUUCCGAAGUUCUUCUAAAUUAUACGAAAGAAAGGGAAAUUCUUAUGAAACGAAAGGAAGAACUCGAAAAUAAGAUCCAAUCCGCUCUAAAUGAGUCAAACGCCCUUCAAAGAGCAACUUUGAAGCUAAAUCACAUAAAUGUUUGUCGAAACAAUGAAAAGUUAAGUGAAGAAAGUGAAUACGACCAACUAAAGGACACAAUUAAAAAAUUGAAUGAAGAAAUCAAAAUUAAAGUUUCAGAAUUCAACAAAAUGAACUUGAAUAGAGAGAUACUGAAACAGAGACUUGAAAAAACAUCGAUAGAAUCAUCAAAUAUCAACAAAAACAUAAUGAAAAUCGUUUCAAAAAUCAAAUCUUCAAAAAAUGACAUUGAAUUCAUUGAAAAUGAGAUUAAAACACAAACAAAUGUCAUUAAUAUGCAUAUUGCCAAUCAUAGGAAUACACAAGGAGUUGAUUUGAAACAAAAAUAUCCAUUUUCUAAAUUUGAGAUCCAAAUUGAGACCGAAGUCAAAAGAAAUACAAUAGAAACAGCAAUAUUUGAGUUACAAGAGCUCUCAAAAGAUAACAAAGAAAUUAAACAAAGAAUUCACAACUUCAUUUCACAAGAAAAGAUAAAACUUCGGCCAACACCUCCACUUCAUCCAAUUAGUGCUCGUUCAUACGUCAGAGCUUCUCCACAAAGAAAUCACAGCAAUCCAAACUUUAAAUCACAAAGAGAAAGCAAACUCACAAUCAAGAACAUCACAUUAGAUAUAAAAUAA